AUGUCGAAAUUAGUUCCUGUCGUAAUAGGUGUCGGCGAUGUGGUCAAUCAUUCUACUAAAAUUGAGGAUGCUAAAGAACCAUUAGACCUGAUACUCCAGGCCAUUGAUAAGGCUCUAGACGACACUGGGUCAGCAUCCAAGUCGAGUAUACAGGCGGCCAUCGACAGCAUCAGCAUCGUCCGAACAUGGACAUGGCCCUACCCCGAUCUUCCUGGUCUUCUAGCCUCCAAGCUCGACGUUAACCCGUCUCAUAAGGAAUACACAGACCACGGCGGUAACCAGCCCGGGAGAAUCUUUGACGAAGCCGCCAAACGAAUAUCACUAGGUCAAUCCAAGAUCGCAGUACUAGCUGGAGGGGAAGCACUUGCAUCCCUAACCUCCUUCGCCAAAGCCAACAAACUCCCCCCGCCAUCCUGGACCAAACUCUCCACAAACAUCAACGACGUCUUCUCCCCCACAGACCGUCAACUCCCCGAAGGUAGGACCACCACCACCUCUCUCAACGCCCUAAUCGGCGCAAGCUGGGCCGCUGACAACACUCGAGGCCUCGGCCGAAUUUAUCAGAUCGGCGCCCCGAUCCACAUCUACCCGCUCUUCGAGAACGGGUUUCGCGCAUAUCGUGGACAGAGUAUUGCUGAGAACAACGCCGAGUCAGCAAGGUUGUACGGGGAAUUUGCGAGGGUCGCGAGUGGGUGUGAGUAUGCGUGGAGUUACGGGAAGAUGGCGGAGACGGAGGAGGGGAUUGGGAGGGUGACGGGGAGGAAUCGGAUGAUUUGUUUUCCUUAUCCGCUGCUGAUGAAUGCGUUCAACACGAUCAAUCUUGCGGGAGCUGUGAUACUGACGUCUACAGAGACUGCGAGGGAGUUGGGGGUGCCUGAGAGUAAAUGGGUUUAUCCUCUUGGUGGAGCAGGGACGAGGGACAGUUACGAUUUUUGGGAACGACCAGACUACCAUUCCAGCCCGUCAAUAUCUCGUUCCAUCGACGCUGCUUUACAGGUCUCAGGUCUAAGCAAGGAUGAUAUCGACUGCUACGAUUUCUACAGCUGCUUUCCUAUCGUGCCGAAACUUGCUUGCAACCAUCUAGGUCUAUCGAUCACAAACCCAGAAAAGCCCAUCACACUACUUGGAGGACUAACGUCUUUCGGGGGAGCAGGCAACAAUUACUCCAUGCACGCUCUGACAGCCAUGACGAGGGAGCUGCGUAAGGGCGAGAGGAGGACCGGCCUUGUUCUUGCUAAUGGAGGUGUCGCGACUUAUCAAUACGCGGUUAUUUUGUCGAGGUCACCACGAGAGUCAGCUUAUCCUAUUAGAGAGCCACUUCCAGCUGUGAUUACUGAUAUUGCUGUACCAAAAGUCGAUGCUACUGUGGAAGGUGAAGCUGUGGUUGAGACAUAUACUGUUGAGUUCGAUCGAACGAACAACCCGCUACGAGGACAUGUCGUUGGACGGCUGAAGAGUAAUGGUCACCGAUUCCUUGCCAAUCACGGCAAUGAAGCCACAUUGCAGCAGUUGGCAAGCUUCUCGAAAGAGCCUAUCGGUAGGGGCGGUAUUGUGAAGCAAGACUCGGAACAGAAGGGUAGGAACCUCUUCUCGUUCUCAGAUGAGCCUCGGCUGUAA